GGGGACCUUACAUAAUCCUGCGGGAUGGGGACACCUUUCAGGUCAACCGAGCGGAUCGAGACAAGCUUCGUGGACUCUCUCCAAGCUCACAUCUUCUCCCUCCACGCCCCAAUUGUCAUGCCAACAUGAAGCUCUGGUCCACGCUACUUCUCUCAUUCUCGGUCAUUUCCGGCGUUUUCGCCGCGAAACCCUCUCAAGACACAUUCCAAAAAUACCAGUCCCUCUCGCGCUCGGGACCAGUUGAUCUGGACAAUGCCGCCUUCGAGGAGCUGACGAAUGCCCCUCGAGAUUACUAUGCGGCCGUUAUUUUGACAGCUAUGGAUGCUCGCUAUGGUUGUGCUAUGUGCCGUGAAUUUGAUCCUGAAUGGAACCUCAUUGCCAAGAGCUGGAACAAGGGCAACAAGCCGGAUGACCUAAAGCUUGUCUUUGGUACUCUUGACUUCGAUCAGGGCAAGGCUGUCUUCCAGAAGCUCAUGCUUCAGACUGCUCCCGUCAUCCUUCUGUUCCCUCCUACCGUUGGACCUUUCGCCAAAUUGGAAUCCGAGCCCGCGAGGUUCGACUUUACUGGGCCAAUCUCUGCUGACCAACUCUACUCAUGGAUCAACCGUCACCUGCCUGAUGGCCCUAAGCCUCAGUUGGUUCGACCCGUCAACUAUAUGCGCAUUGUUUCAGCAAUUACCAUCCUUAUGGGUGCCAUCACUCUCUUCACGGUGCUCUCGCCCUACGUGCUGCCCAUCAUUCAGAAUCGGAACCUCUGGGCCGCCGUCAGCCUGAUCGCCAUUCUUCUGUUCACCAGCGGUCAGAUGUUCAAUCACAUUCGGAAGGUCCCUUACGUAGCUGGUGACGGCAAUGGCGGCAUCAGCUACUUUGCUGGUGGUUUCCAGAACCAGUUUGGCUUGGAGACCCAAAUCGUGGCUGCCAUCUAUGCCAUCCUCUCAUUCGCAACUAUUGCUCUUGCAUUGAAGGUUCCGCGUAUGGAGGAUGUCAAGGGACAGCAGGUGGCAGUUUUGAUCUGGUCUGGUGUCCUCUUUGGCACAUACAGCUUCCUGCUCAGCGUGUUCAAGACCAAGAACGGUGGCUAUCCGUUCUAUCUUCCACCAUUCUAAGGGCCUUAUGGCCAAAUCCCCGGGGCAUUGUCACGGUGGAAAUGAUUCGCGCGGCAAACCGUCAAACUCUUGCAAUUCUUGAACUCAGCAGGCCAUGUUCGCACAGCAGGAAUUUGGGCUGGCUUCUUGUCUCGACAAGGAGAAGUACCAUGACCGGACCGACCAAUGGCCUUCAGACCUCUUGUCGCCGGCGACAAAACUGUAUUCCAUAUUUGUACACCGUAGAUGAAAGAGCAUGUUUCAUAGGCGGCUUUCCUGUCUCUGAGACCUCUUUUGUCUUUGAAAUCGAUC